AUGGAAAGCGACAUGGGAAUCUCACCACACACCGGACAAUCACAGGUUCAUACACAAGUUCCUACUUCGCCUCACCAUCAGAUACCCAUACAAUACCUUCAUGGCGCAUGCAGCCACUGCUAUCGCGAUGAUGGUAGGGAUAUCAGAGACAAGCAAUUAGUUGCGUGUUAUCAAGAUGGCGAACUGGAUCUAUUCACCAUGUUCUUGCUAACUCCUAGGUGGUGUGUAGAUUGUUUGGCCCAGCGAGAACUGGCUAUUAGGGCUUCUUAUUGCGAUCGUUUGAUCGAGAUGGAGACGGUGGAUUUCCCGGUUGGGACCGUGGAGGAGGCUUAUAUUCGUGGUGUUCACGACGGCCGGAUCAAUGCGUUAUCCCAAUCAUUUGAAGAUUGUGGAGUACGCCCAGGGGUAGAAGAAAGUUCUGAUUUCGACGAAGUUAUAGAGAAAUUGACGAGCAUGGGACUGGAUACUGAUAGACCCAACGAAGAUAAUAAGAUGGAAGAAAUCGUCCAAGAUUUCAACAACCAAAUGAUGUUAGAAGACGACGAGCUCAAGUACGAAGUGUAUUGGCACUUGGCAUACAUGGAGGGAACGAAAGAUGGUUGCUAUAUGCAAGCACAGGUGGAGUACAAAGCACUUACGAUGGCCGAUCCGGAUCGGAGCGAAAUGCUUAGGAGAGCUGUGCUAUGA